GGCGCUGCCUGGCGCUCGGCUCCCCUCGCAGCCCCGCCGCCGCCAGCCCGGCCGAGCCCCGCUGCCGCCUCGCCUCGCCUCGCCCGGCUCGUCUCGGCUCCCCGGCGCUCCCAUGCCCAGCAGCGAAGCGGUGCCGCUGGGGCUGGGCGCCUGCCGCAGGUCGGGGGCGCUGGGCGGGAUGCUGUCGCUGGUGGCGCGGCUGCUGGAGUGGCUGCGCUCGCUGUUCUGGAAGGAGGAGAUGGAGCUCACGCUGGUGGGGCUGCAGUACUCGGGCAAGACCACGCUGCUCACCGUGCUGGCGUCGGGGCAGUUCACAGAAGAUAUGAUUCCUACAGUAGGCUUCAAUAUGAGAAAAAUAACAAAAGGAAAUGUUACCAUAAAGGUGUGGGACAUUGGAGGACAACCAAGGUUUCGAAGCAUGUGGGAGCGUUACUGCAGAGGAGUCAAUGCAGUUGUUUACAUGGUGGAUGCAGCAGACUUAGAAAAAGUAGAAGCUUCAAAGAAUGAGCUACAUAGUUUGAUAGAUAAGCCACAAUUGCAUGGAAUUCCAGUGUUAGUUCUUGGAAAUAAACGAGACCUCCCAGGUGCACUGGAUGAGAAGCAGUUAAUUGAGAAAUUAAACCUUUCAGCUAUUCAAGACAGAGAAAUCUGCUGCUAUUCUAUUUCCUGUAAAGAGAAGGAUAACAUAGACAUAACAUUACAAUGGCUUAUUCAGCACUCCAAAUCAAGAAACUGUUGAAGAAACUUUUGCUGAAGAUAACUCUUCCCCAAUCACUUUGACUCCUAUCAGCUAUACACACUGAAAAGAUAAGGAAUGCAACUGUCUAUACUACCAGGAAUCACUGUGGUCAUAUUUGUUAACAGAAGUAAAUCUGACUUGUAACUUGUCUGUCUAUUUUGAUUUUUUCUUUUUUAAAUCCAGAUAUUUGUCUGCCUAGGUGAAAUUCCUGAACGCCUUAAUACAAGACUGGAAGAAAUCAGUAAUUUUUUGAGCUGAAAUGUUUUGAGUUUAUGCAUGCAAAUUGUCAAAUAAAUAGUAAUUUUUUUCUAAUUUGAAACUGAAUAAAUUGUGCAGUGAAAACAAAUGACUGGGUUUUUUUGAAUGUAGCAUAUAAUUAUUCACACAGAAUGUCUUCCCUCUGAACACAUGUUGUUAAGUACUAAUAAUAAAUUAAAACUAUAAUUAAGAGCUUCUUAUUUGAACAAAAUGCUGAUAUUCAGAACACUUCCACAUUCUCUGGAAAAAAGUUAUUUACGAAGUUAUGUGUCUUUAGUAACUUAGCUUUUCCAGUAAUUCCCUAAUGUGAAUUAUUCAUAUGAAUAUUCUUUUGGAAUUGAAAAAUAAAACAUUCUAGACAAUUGUGUCCUUCUUUAUUGGGAAAGGAAAGAAUCUGGAAUUGUAGUGGAUAUUUUUCUUUCUUAAUCAGAGUGAAAUAGCGAGCAGGUGCAAUCAUGUGCAUCUUCUCUGAUGUUAUUAACCCCAAAAUUAAUGGAUUUCCUAAGUAUUUUUAAUGUAAAUGAAAUGGUGUUUGUGGACUACUCUGUCCAUUCCUGAACCUUUAGAAUUUUCAAGUAUACAAAAUAAAAUAGCUGGGAUCUGAAGUAGGAUUAGUUCUAUGGAAACAGAUUAAAGAAGCAGUUCACUUUUUAAAUUUUGGUGCUUCUCUAACAUCUUACAGAUACCUUCUUCCAAUUGCUCUUUCACUUAGAUGAGCUCUCUGAUGGGAACUUUUCUGUGAGUAUGGAAAUUUUAUUACAUAUCGUAAGUUCAUGUCAAGAAACAGUAGACAGGCACUCAGUGGCCAGGGGUUUCAAGGACACGUGCAGAUCUAAGAGGGAGGAGGUCAGGCAUAGUGUUCUAAAGACACUAUAAAUCAAUUGAUUGCUAUAGUAUUGAAAGGGCUAUAAGUCAUUUAUGCAGUUCUUGCACUUAGGUACAUGAACUAUAGAAAUAACAUUUUUUUGUCACUUCUAUUUGAGGGUACUUUUAGGCUACUGGCUCUGAUAAGCUGCUAAGAACAUACGGCAUAGACUUGAUAAAAUCUUUCUUGAGUGUUAUGGGAAUGCUACUACAAAUUGUUGAUAAUGUUUGCAGUCUCACCUGCAGAGGUGUAGCUACAGAGGCUCAUUGUUCUGUGGUAGCAUGAAAAUAAUUUGACUAAGUGCUAAGUGCUCUGUACAUAAAUAAGAGGUGGAUGCUCCUGAAAGGGGAUGUUGCAAAUGACCUUCCAAAAUCUGAGAAAACGAUCCAUCUAGUGGCAAUUUGUAUGGUGAAAAAACAGCACUUGGUGACAAAGGUGAUGAAUUUCAAAUGCUCUUGUUGCUCAUGGACUUUUGAAGGAGUAGAGCCAUUGUAAAAUAUACUGGAAUUGCACUCACUUGAGGGAAAUAGAAAAGGUAGAAAACUCUCAGAAUCUAUGUGAAAAUAAAACUCAGAGUAGAAGAAUGCAAGAAUACCAAUAUCCAAGGACAAGAAACAAUAAGGCUGUGUUUUUAAGCUGUGUAGAGAUGGGCCUUAGAAAAUAUGUUAAGCAAGAGAAUAGAAAGAUGUAAGUUUAAUAAUGAAGCUUUAUCCAUUGAUUUUAAGCUAACCACAAGCAAGCAUUGUAAAAAGCAAGGUGUACGUGUAACUUCAGUAUCUGGCUUAAGCAAAUGCCUGUAAGCUUUUAACAGUAUUCUGUUGCCUCAAAAUCUUUUUAAAAUACUUUGUAAUAAUUUUGGCUGUUGUUGUGGUGAGAGCUUUUGCCAUCUCCCGUGUCUCACCCUGUAAUGAGGCUGAUGUGCUGAAAUAAAAGCUCUAAGAUUGCCAUA